UGUGCGUGCUCUCCCGCUUGACUCUGGCUUCCUGAUGGCGUCUCUGCACGUGUUCGUGGAUUCACUGAGGAUUUGUGUUGUUUUCUCGUCCCUUGUGUGUUGUUGAGUGUCGCCGCGCGUCAGUUGCUGUGGUCCGUCUGUAGUCGCAGCUUCCGAGUCCGUGUCACGAUGAUCGGAGGAAGAACUGAUGGUUUAGUUAGUGCUAGCUAACAGCGGAGCUAACGUUAGCCUAGCCGCCGAACAACAUGUCCAGACGUGUUUCCAGACACUGACAGCGACACGUGCACCACUAGUUAACCUGCUCGUUACUUUAACUAACCAGCACCAUGGACCAGCGGUUCCCCCCGCAGCUGUUCCCCUCGUUUUACAACAGCGGACCUCCGGACAGUCUCCCGGAGCACUGCGCUGGAAACUGGGGAUGCUACGACCGAGUGAGAGCUGAGGGCGGCUCUGGUCCUGUCUCCAACUGGACCUUCACACCGGGACACCAGGUCAGAGGGGAAACGUGGCGUCACACCGAGCCGGUACCGGUUCCCCUCCUGCCUCCGAAAAGAACGUUCGUGUCGCAUUCAAAGCCUCCAGAUCCGCAGGACUUCAGAGAACACAUGCAGAACUUCUUCAUGGAUCACUCUCAGGACGCCUUCGGGUGCAUGGGGGAGAUUCUGAGUGAAAACUUCAACUUUCAAAACAGAAAGACAGAGAAUCUGAGCAGUCGUUUGCAGAGCAAUCAGAACUCUGUGAACAUGUGGAUGGUGAAGAACGUCCUCGGCUCGCUGGACUUUAAAGUAUGUCACCGGACGUACCGCUCCCGGUCGCUGAACGGGCUCGGAGCGCUGCUGUCGGACGCGGUGCAUUCGGUUCCUCCGGAGCUGUUGGGUUCUCUGCUGUACGAGGAGCUGACGGAGCAGAGAGAACGUAUGUUGUUCUCCGAAGGGGCCACAGGUGGCGCUCUGGCCUUCAUCCCCUUCUCUGAGGGGAGCAGCUCCCAGCGCGGCUGCCUCCUCUACCCAGGAAACCAGGGCCAGAACCAGCUCAACUUCCACAAUGUGGAGCUGCAGCACCACAGAGGAGGUUCCUCUGUUCUGACGCCCAGCGUGGACGACCCGGUCAGGUUCCAUCUGAAAGGUCCGAUCAGGCAGAUCAGCUCCGCCUCGCUCUUCAACAACUGUUGUGUUGCCGUGCGGUCCGAUCACCUGUGUGGAGUUUGGAGGUUCAGCGAAGGAACCGAUCCUCGUCUGCUUCAGGUCGUCAGCACCACAGAGGUCGCGACCUGCGUCAGCGCCAGUCCUCAUGUUUUAGGUGAAGUCCUGGUGGCGAGUGAGAGCGGAGUAGUGAACCUCUGGGCUGUUGGCAAAGGGAUGCUGAAGGUGCGGGAGGAGGAAACCAACCUCUACUUCAAUGCCAAGUCCUCGUGGAGAUGGUGCGAGUUCUCCGCCCACCCCCGGGUGAUGCUGUACGCAGACAGGACGGGGGUGGAGCUCACAGACAUCAGGUCGAGUCCCGCCAGAGGCCACACCCUGUUUCGCAUCAGCAGCACCUCAGCGUGUCGGAGCGGAGAGAGACUCAUCCUGUCCAGAUAUCUGGGAGACGCCCACUCCUUCCACCACCUCAUCACCACUCAGUUCUCGGCCUACGUCGUGGACGAGCGCUUCCCCAGCGUGCCCAUGCUCAAGUGGGAUCACAUGAUGGAGUCCGCGCCCUUGUUCUGUCACGUCCUCCCUGGCUCCGCCUCCUCCGGUUCGGUAGUGGGCGGGGAUAGAACCACCAAGGUGGUGCUGGGCUCCUACAGUUCCCAGGAAAUCACCAUGCUGCAGUACUCAGGCGGUCGAGUCGAGGCCUGUUUCAGUCGAGGUCCUCCUCAGGCUCUGCACAGACCCAGAGAGAGUCUGAAGCUCCUCCCCGUCCAGAUCCCUCACCGCCUGGACACCGCCACCAACCGACUGUCCUCGCCUGCUGCAGGUCUGACUUGUGUCCAGAAGAAAGGAGCAGAGGAGUGUGUCUGUGUGGUUCAGCUCACAGAGGCCGGAGAUCUCUUCUACCAGAUCCUGGAGCCGGAUCGUCCAGACGCUGAGACGUCUCGACCUCCGGCGGCAGAGACGCUGCCUCCAGAGAGAGAAGCAGCAGAACAUCUCUCACAGGAUUCUCAGCUUGUUGUGACGGACACGUCGAGUGAUGGGGAGAUGAUCGGACCCACCCAGGCUGCGCCGAGGUUCGUGGCUGAGACACCGGAGAGGGAGCAGCUGUCUGACUCGGAGGAUUCCCAGCGGGGACAGACCAGUCGAUGGGUGAGGCAGCUGGGGCUCAACGUGAUUGUUAACGAUGAUCCUGAGCCGCAUCCCGGGGGCGAGUUGGACGGAGCAGGGACAGACGCAGCUGAAGCCGGUAAAGAGCCCAGCGGUGCGGAGGAGCCGCUCUGCAGCUCCACAAGCUCGAUUCCCGUGGUUCCGCCUGAGGAGACGCCUGACGUGAAGCUCAGCAAAGACGUUCUCGCCACAUGGAAACGCUGGCUCCAGAAACUGAUGAAGAAGAGCUGUGGAAAGAGGCCCCACCCACAUCUGCUACAUUUCACAAACAGUACUGAGCGUCUCCUCCACCUGCCCGUGGAGGGGGGGGCGGGGGAUCCUUCAGAGGAGGAGCGUGUGCAGAGCCUGAGGAGGGAUCUGAGAGUCUGCAUGUCCAAGCGCUCGCUGCUGCUUCACGACACCGUGUCCCUCGCCGCUCCGGACGCCGUGCCGCUGCCCAACGUGGUGGACACCGGGGCCUGGAAGGAUGAGCUCAGCCAGCGCCUCACGCUCUCGUGGCAGGGCGAGGACGCGUGGCGGGCGUGGUGGGAGGACAAGCUGGGGCUCAACAAGGAGGAGAAGGUGAAGGCUCUGAGGAGGAAGAGGAGGAGGGAGAAGGCGGUGAAGCGAGCCUCCAGCCAGCGCCUGGAGCUGUCGGGGAGCUUCUGCUCCUCCGUCAGCUACCAGGACCUGGGGGGCUUCUCCGACUCAUGUGGCUGGUCCUCUGCAGCGAGCCAGGGGGCGGGGUCAGACAGCGAAGGGAUGAUGUCACAGUCCCAGUCUGAGCUGCCGGGAGCCAGGUCCCCCUCCACCAUGAUAUGUGAAACCCCAGUUCCCACGCCAGCCACCACACCUGCGAGAGGCAGACCAGUUGACCAGCGGACUCCCAGCAGCUCCUGCCUCCGCUCCCUGUCGCAGAAACCAGAGGUCACGUCGGCCAGUCUGAAGAGGAGCAGGCGUCCAUCAGGGGACGACCUCUUCACUCCACAGGUGAGAACCGUCCUGAAGGAGGAGAGCGGCCUGCCGUCCCCUCGGAGGACGCCGCGGGCGGAUCUGUCCAGGGAGGACUUUCACUGGUCGGGUUUCUCCCAGUCGCUGUCCCAGGGCUCCCAGGCUCGACCGGGGCUGUCCCAGUCAUCGCAGGCCUCUCAGAAGAAGAAGAAGUCACGAAUGGGAUUCUGAUGGAUUUGGAUUUUCCUUUUGAAAUGAAAAAGACGGUUUCUGGGGGUUUUGGCUUUGUUUUGGAUCUACACUGGUUUUUAUUCUGGAUUAACUCUGGAUCCCUGAAGAAGACCUGAGGCUGAAGGAGGCUGAGUUUGAGGAGUGAGUGGAAUUUAUUUGAUUUGAUUUGUGCUCAUGGCUUUUGUUUGCUUGGGUGAUUGUGUGUUUGUACGCAUGUGUGUGUGUGUGUGAGAGAUCAUUUUUUCCUCGAUUCAACAGCAGAACUUAUUGAUUUCACAUCAUUUCUUAAUUCUCUGACUCACAAACCUGAAACAGCUCCUGCUUGUGCUCUGGUCUUUUGUUGCUUGGACAGAUUUAUUUCGCUCCAGCUUCAGCUCUUGUUCUGUUAUUAUUAUAUUGAAAUACUCAUUAAACUGUAUGUAAUUUUUUAAUUAUUAGAAAAACUCUACACAACAUUAUC